UUGGCUUGUGGCCCCUUCCGCCAUAUUCAAAGCACUUUACUCCAGUCUCUGCUUCCUCAUCAUGUCUCUUCUUUGACUUUCCUACCUCCACCUAAGUACUCUUGUGAUUACAUUGGGCCUACCUGGAUGAUCUAGGAUACUCUUCCCAUUUCAAGAUCCCUAACUUAACUCCACCUUCCAUGUAAUGUAAGUUAAUAUAGACACAGCUUAUGGGGAUUAAGAUGUGGACAUAUUUAGGGGGCCCAUUACACAGUUAGAUAAGUAUUAAAGGAUUCAGUUAAAAUGUGAGGAAGGAUAAGACAAUGAAGAAAGCCUUUCAAUAACAACAACACAAAAGGUAUUAUUGCUAGGAAUUUCCUUCAAACCUUCCUGGUAUUUGGUCUAGUCUUGAGCUAGCAAAUAAGAAGUAUAAUGACACACUAUGAGUAUAAUAUAAUUCAGUGUCUAAAGAUCUGGACGUGUUCCUCAAGAGGGAAAUCCUCCAGUAGUAAACAGCCAUGAAGAAGCAAAUACUAUCUCACUUUUAUAUAGGUUCCUGUUUUAGGAAAUCGCCAGUUUUGUUCUUUGAAGGUAUCCAGAAUCUAAAAGUAGAAUUAAGCCAACAGCAUUAGCAAAAGCAUCCAGUCUGCAAAGGGCACAAGGAAUCAGCCAUGGCAACGGCAACAGGGCAGCAGCAAACAGCCUCACCCGUCCAUUUAUCAGAACACGGAGUCAGCAUGAGGCUCGGAUCACCUCCACUGAGUGGGAUAAUAACAAUGAAGCCGUCAAUACGGCGCUAGGAGAAAGAAUGCACGGGAAGAAGUCAAUGGAUCCAACAGUUUGAUGUAUUGAGAAACACGAAACCAACUGUGGCUAGCAUUUUUUGUCAUUGUGUAACAGAAGUAAAAUCAGAAACCUGUGAUUACUUGCUGCUGGGACCACUCUGACUGAAAAGCAUCUCAGUGUGAGAACAACUAAGUGCCUCAUCCCAGAGAACAAAUGUGAACCAAGAGAUAACCCAGCAUUUCAGACAGUGUCAUUUCCUGAAGGGAGAAAGCAGGGGGGAAACAAGGUCAACUGUGAUGAAAGAUGUGCCCGACACUGAGAAAUAAGACCGAAAUGAGUGAAAACAUUUCUGUAGUAUCUUUUCAGAAAUUCAUGGGCAGAGAACAUAUGUAAGACUUAGGUCCCUGCAUGUGUGUGUGAUUGCCACACAUUUUCCUCUCUUGUGAAAACAAUGCUACAUACCCUCAACCAAACAGCGCCAACAUCGUCAUGAAUUCUGAGCGUGGUUCAGGCCUAGUUUUAAGGAUAUCGAUGUUCAUUUCUGUGGGAUUACUGCUCUGUAGGAAUGUGGGUAGGAAAACAAAAGCGAUUUUUCGAUAUGCAUGUAGGUAUGACCUGGCCUGUGAUGUCCACAUAAUCUUUAGCAAUGACUUUAUGUGGCCUUCAAAGAAAGGGAGGGUUGUCAUGAAGAUGGCAGGCUACGCAGUCAGAUCUAGGACUGCGUUCCAGCUCUGUCACUUAAAACUUUUAAAACCCAGAUUCCUCAUUUGUAAAAUAUGCUUAAAGCCACGUUGUUUUGAGAACCAAUGACAUGAACAUUGUGAAAAAAACACAGUGCUUGGCACACAGAAUACUUAAAACAGGACAGCUGUUAACAGCAACAGUAAUGAAACAAAAGAAUAAAUAAGUAAAUGGGCUGAAAUGUUACCUCAUAACUCUUAAACAAGCACUGUGCUCUCAUUCAGUACCUGAAACAAAUAGAAACCUGGAGUAAAUUUUGAACUUUAGUAGAAGAUUUUAAAGAUUUUCUAACACAAAGUCUUAUUAAAUAGUUUUUUAAAGCCAGUCUUUAAUUUUAAACACAUUUUUGUUUCCAAUUUUCCAUUUACCAGAAUCAUAUUGAUGUAAAUACUGGAAGUGAGCAUCUGAAAAUGUACUCAAUUUUCACGUGUUGCACGUCUUAUUUAGUCGACAUGUACUAGGGGAGACAAUGAUAAAACUGUAUAGCUGGCAGAGAUUGAAUAUAAUUACUCCAGAUUCCUCAUUUAGCUGAGAUUAGGCAAGGCUCAGAAAUACUAAUUGCCCCUGGUGCCCAGACUGCAAGGCGGAGAGUCAAGAUGGCGCCCGCAGCCUCCCGGCUUCCCGUGCAGGGAUCUUCCUACAGGAAGGCUGCUCCAUGUGUGUUUCAGGUACCAUUUGCUAUCGAAGACCGUCCUCAUCAGCCAAGUUUUGCCUGGAGAAGAGGGAGCGUUGUGUUUCCAUAGAACAAACUGGGAUGCCUUUGAAGAUUUGGACACUUAACUCGGGAGCCUAAGCUGGAGUGUUUAUGCUCCUUCCUUCCUCCUCAAAAUCUUGGUCAGUCUCUUCUGUGAAGAAUAUAUAUAUAUAUAUAUACACUAGCAAACGCAUCAAUUAGGACAUUGUUCCCCAAGGCGUUACUUUAAGACUUACGCUUUCCUAAACACUGAAUUUCUGAAAAUACCGACCGAGUUUACAUGUACCCUGUAAUCCAAACCCUCUGUCUCUACUAUACUGAGGCCUCUUAGCAAACAAGCAUUUAGAGAAGGCAAUCAAGUGGUCAAUGUAUUAUUUCAUGUUAGAUAAAAAUCUCUCAGUCCAUUCUUUCCAAAAAGAAGAUCAACCUAAAAUGAAGAAUGAGGUUAAAGAACUAUUGGAAAGCAGAUAAAGUUUAAAACUAUUUACAUAUUUAAACUAUAAUAGUUUAGAUACUUCAAGUUUCAAGACUUGACAUUUCACAUAUUUCUCCAAGUUUUCUUUAUGUUACAAAGUAUGAAAACAAAUCCACUUGUGUGAAAAAAGUUAACAUUUUGAUACUUCUAUUUACGGUAUGCUUUAAAAAGACUGUGAGAGAGUUAGUACACAAGCUUUCCUUUCAGGUUUUUUUCCUAAAAAGAGAAUAGGGACAUUUAAACCACAAGUUAUUAGCAAAUCUUCAAAUUGAUCUUCAAAGAUAUUUUCAACUUCAAAAGGCAAAUCUCUAAUUUAGUGAUCCUUGAGGGAAGAACGGACAUUUACUUUAAGGCUCUAGGGAAAUUCUGAGUAUUUCUCAGUCUUUCAAGCAAAGAAACAAGGAAAACUCUCGUUGGAGGACCUCUUUAGAUCCACAGCUAACUUGUACUGGGCCCACUUCUGAUCGGGAGCAAGAGCAGGACACACAUUUCACGUGGGAUCUGAAAGCAGUUCGUAAUUGACGAGCGUCGCCCAGAGCGUCCCGGAGCCAUGCAGCCUCUUUUCAACGAGGCCGCACGUCCUCGCCCACCCGUCCCUCUCUCCGUCAUGGGUGCCCGUCCACGCGGCCGCCUCGAGCGCGGCCUGGCCCCGACGCGACGGCGGGCUGGAGGCCGCGGCUGGACGCAGCGCACCGGGAGGCCUCCGGGGGAAGAGGUGAGGCGGGCGCAGGGCCGGGCAGCGCUGGGGACGCCGGCAGCCUCGCCAAGCGGCGAGAAAGCCGGCAGUUUCGCUUCCUCCGGCGCCUCCCGGCCGCGUUUCCGGCCGGUGCGCUUCCGGGCGGCCGCGGAGGGCAGCGCGGAGGCCGGCGGAGGAGAGGCAGGCGGAGGAGAGGCCGCCGUCUUCGCCGCCGCCAUGCUGCCCGCGGCGCCGGGUGGGCCGGGCGCGAGCCGGGCGCGUUCCCCCUGCGGCCCAGCGCCCCCAGAACAUAUGAAAGACAUCGUGAUGCUCUAUGAAGAGGAGGCUGCGGAGUGGGCUCUGUACCUGAGGGAGAUCUUGCUACAUGUUGUGGAAAGGGAAGCCAUCCUGUUAUAUCUCUUGGAGAACUUCUCUCUGCGGGAUUUGGAACUGCUGAGUUUAAACUCUUACAAAUGCAAGCUUUUGAUAUUAUCAAACAGCCUGCUUAAAAACCUAACUCCCAAGAAGUGUCAGUUUUUGGAAGAGGUACUUCGUUCACCAGAAAGUGUGGUUACUCUGCUGUGUGGGGUGAAGAGCGCAGACCAUCUCUAUCAAGUAUUAAAUAUCCCUGGAGGCAGAGGGGAGAUCUCGACUGAGCAGGAGCCUGAAGACUACAUCUCUGUGAUCGAGAGCGUCAUAUUCAGAGGUUGUAAGGACUACCUGGAGGUCGAUAUUCCAACAGACCUAAGAGUAGAACAUUCUGGGAAAAUAAGUGAGAGAAAGGAAAUUGAAGAAUUGUCAGAAGCUUCCAGAAACACCAUACCACUGGCAGUGGUGCUUCCUGCUGAAAUUCCAUGUGAGAAUCCUGGUGAAAUAUUUAUUAUUUUGAGAGAUGAAGUAAUUGGUGACACUGUGGAGAUUGAAUUUACAUCAAGUAUUAAAUGCAUUAGAACACGGCCAGCCCUUUGGACUAAGACAGUCUGGUAUAUGAAAGCUUUAGAUUUUCCUGCUGGCCCUGUCAAUGUCAAUGUCUACUGUGACGGAAUCAUGAAGGCCACAGCAGAGAUUAAGUACUACACAACAGCAAGGGCAAAGGAAUGCUCAUUGGGAGUGGCAGGUCCUGGAGAUGGUGUGUGCUGGAGUGACAUGGACGAACUUGAUGACAUUCUCACAUCCAUAUUCAAACAUGAGAUACCAUAUUAUGAGUUCCGAUCCCUCCAGACUGGAGUCUGCCCUCCCAAGGAACAUACUCAUUUCAAAGAACUUCCAACUCUUCUCCACUGUGCAGCAAAAUUUGGCUUAAAGAACUUGGCUGUUCAUUUGCUUCAAUGUUCAGGAGCAACCUGGGCGUCUAAGAUGAAAAAUUUGGAGGGUUCAGAUCCAGCACAUAUCGCUGAAAGGCAUGGUCACAAAGAACUCAAGAAAAUCUUUGAAGAUUUCUCAAUCCAAGAAGUUAGCACAAAUAAUGAGCUAGAAAAUGACUAUGAAGAGGAUUUUACCUCAUUUUCUGCAUUUUCUCCCACUGUACAGAACCCAGCAUUUCAUCACGAAAGCAGCCAGACAUACAGGGAGAGUGCAGAAGGAGCUGAGUCACAUGAAACAUCAAAGGAGAAAGAAGAGAACAGAUCAGGCACGGAGGCCACGCACAGCCCAGCAGAGGAUGGCAGUGACAGUUCUGAGAGCCAGUAUGAUGACUUGUAUACGUUCAUUCCUGGAGACAACCCAGAAAUCGAUUCACGAGAGCCGCUCGUGAGCGACAGGCCACCUCUCCCCCCGCCGCGACCUGUAGCUGCUGCCUUCCAACUGGAAAAACCUCACUUCACAUCACAGGGGAAAAUGUUGGAAGACCAAAUGGAAAGAAGUCAACAUUGGUGUGAUCCUGGUGCAAGACAAGAAACAGGAGGUGAACCUAAAAGGGAAGAAGAAAAGAAAGAAGAGGAAAAGGAGCCGGAGGAGGAGGAAGAUCCAUACACUUUUGCUGAGAUUGAUGACAGUGACUACGACAUGAUACUGGCCCAUAUGAGUACAAAGAAAAAAACUGGAAGUCGAUCUUUCAUUAUAAACAGACCUCCUGCCCCCACACCUCGACCCACGAAUCUCCCUCCGAAAGAAGAAGCCACACCUUACAUAGCCCAAGUGUUUCAACAAAAGGCAGCCAGAAGACAAUCUGAUGGUGACAAGUCCCACGGUCCUAAGAGACAAGACAGAGCCCGGGUGGAGAGUCAAGCCUUGUCCACAGCAAGAGGCUGCCUGCCUGCCGGGCAGGAAGAGCUCAUCCUCCUGCAGGAGAAGGUCAAGAACGGGACACUGUCUGUGGACGAAGCCCUGGAGAAAUUUAAACAGUGGCAGGUGGGAAAAACUGGCCUGGAGAUGAUUCAGCAGGAAAAACUACGCCAACUACGAGAUUGCAUUAUUGGGAACAGGCCAGAGGAAGAAAAUGUCUUUGAUAAGCUCACCAUUGUGCACCAUCCAAAUGGUAAUGAAAGUGUCCACAAUGAAAAUAUGUCACAUAGCAUGCCCUUCGGCAAUAAGCUUCCUGCUCGACUCCAAGUUGAAAAGGAAUUUGGCUUCUGUUGCAGGAAGAAUCACUGAGGAAGGUUAUUAUAUGAAUGAAAUGCAAGAAUCUGCAGACACUGUGCUCCCUGGGUGAAGCAAGCUUGCAUUUGGACUGCCUGCUGUCUUCAGGGCAAAUCUGUACUCUGCAGGCAAAAGCAGUCCUCUGGCUUUCCGCAUUUGUUGUGGCCACAAUUUAUUGGCAUUGUACCUGCCUUGGAUGGGUAUAUAGAGAUUAAAAUUGAAUGCCAUAGAGCAAUUGCAUUCUUUGAAAAUUCUUGUAUUUUACAGUGCACUUUGCCACUGAGGCAGCUAUGUCCCAUUUUGAAAAUUAAAGGAAAACGAGAGCAGAGGAGUAAAUGCUCUGGAGCAAAGUUAUUUGGCCUGUUUGAGGCACUAACCUUGAGAGUGUACUCCUCCCAUCCUUAGAAUAAACCAUGAUAACACAAAUUUGUUUAGGACAUAUUUGCCUUUUAAACUGUUGGUCCAUUUUCCAAAUUUCUCGCAUUCAGAGCUCUAAUUAUUAUUGUCACAUCAUGUGUGCGGAAACCUCCCCUUAUUUAGUGCUUAUUUGCAUAUAACCCUGAGAACAUUCUAUUUUUCUGUACUCAUUUUAAUAUACAUUUCUAUAACCCGUAUUCCUUAUUAAAAGGCUUCCAAUUUCCUCAACUUAUUUUUUGGAAACAAUUUACUAGCCUAGAAUAGAAUACAGUUUUACCAUUCUGUGAUUUCCAUGCACAAUU